UGUCCGCAUGGCAUCGAUCACCCGACACACUUAUAAAUCCACCGUUACUCAUCGACACACAGCAUACACACACACACACACACGCCAGGAAGCAAAGGGUAGCGCAUAGAUUACCAACAAAACUGCAUGCCAUCAGAUGUAGCUGAAUGAGCUGGAGUAGGGCUGACGAGGCGGCAGGGCGGUGGCCAUGGGCUGAUACCUGGGCAGCAACUCGCGGUCCUUUUCUCCAGUGGACGAUGAAGACUGGUAUCCCUCCUCUUUGGGGAUCAGACAGUAGCUGAACAAACGGGGACGACUGUUCUUCCUGUCAGUGAGAGAACACACACACACGCACACACACACACAGAGACACGGGCGUCUGCGUUGCGCUCUUCCCUGCGUGUGUGUAUGCGGCUGACCAUAUCCUCCGCACACACACCCAGGCGCACGACAACAAAAAGAGAAGCCCCAGCAAAAAGAUAGCUGCGGCGCACAGAGAGGGGAUGAGAUGUCUCGUGUCUCGUGUCUCUCGGCCAUCCGCUGAUCCUACCAGUGAAACCAAAAGCCCCCCAUGCCUUGGACCCCUUCUUCUGUUUUGGCAGAUCCGUCUCAUCGUCGCCUGAUCCCGCAUCGUUCCCAUCCAGAGGCUCGGAGGCGAAGUUAGGCGCCCGACCGAGGGCUGACAAAACAACAGCAACACAGAACAAGAACAACAAACAGGUGUCCGUUCGCUGGAUGGAUGGGAAGGCCAUCUGCCUACCGGGGUUUUCUUCCAUGGCUUGUGCGGCUUGCUGCUCAGGGCCGGAGCCGCCCUCAGUCAGCUCGGAACUGCCAGCAGGCUGUCUGUCCUCUGCCACUUGGGAUUCAUCCCCAGCAGGUGCCUCCUCAGCUGCAGAGUCGGCCGCUGGCAACUCUGAAUCGCCGGCAGGGCCUUCCUCAGAUGUGGAGUCGCCAGCAGGUGCCUCUCCAGCUGCAGAACUCUCUGCGGGCGUCUCGUCCCCUGCUGGCGCCUCACCCUCAGCAAAAGGUCUGGGCCCAGCCGGCGACUCCACUGAGGGCAGUGCAGCGGCAGCUGCUGGCGGUUCGGUCGGUAUGGCCUGUCCUGUUGCCGGCGAUGCCUCCGUAGGAGAGAGGAUGUCGCGAAGCUGUGCCGAGAAGUUGAAGCUGAGCUGGCCGAGGCUUCGCCAUUGCGACACGUUCAUGCAGUUCUCUGCGCAGUGACAGAUCUCGAAAGGGAAACUGUCGAUGAGAGCGACGAAAGCCGCCCCCUUCAUCCCAGCUCCCAGCUGUGUCGCAUCAACAGUCGUGUUGGUCAUGUCUCCACCGUCAGUCGCGUCGUUUUGCGCUUCAUCUGGCGCUGUAUCUGCCGCUUCAUCUGGAGCUUCAGCUGAAGCUUCAGACGAAGUUUCUUCUGGGGGCUCGACGUCCGGCGACUGAUUUGGCGACUCACCUUGCGACUCAUCUGGUGGCUCAUCCGGCGCUUGGAGACGUCGUUGGACCGUUACAAGCGACAGGGACGCGGAGAGGUUGGCCCACAUCUGUACACACCAAGGAAGCAAAUGGGCAUCUAGUCCGAGUGUCGCAGUAGCUCGUGCCUUCUUGGCUGACCUGCAGUGAUGGCAGUGGCGCCCACGGCGGCGGCAGACAGUCGUUGAGCUCCUUGCAGGCGAGACCCUUGACCUCGAUCGCCAGCCGCUGGCUCGACGUCGAAUCCAUAAAGCCACCGGAUGAUGCGUCGCUCGGCUCGCCUUCUCCCUCAGCUGAGUCGUUCGGUGCCGGUGUCAUGGGUGCGAUCGUAAAGCUCUGGUGCAGUUGGUCAACAUUUUUGCGAUGCUCGUACAAGUCGUGCAGCGAUGGCUGGGCGCCCUCCUCCUGAGGCCUGCUCUGCUGCUCCUCCGCCGGCUCCCCUUCACGCAGAGGGGGGUGACAGGCUCCGGUUGGCAUGACAGGAGUGCCGUCAGACCUCAAGGGGAAGGGGCUGAUGAAGAGCUUAGACUCGAGCCCUUGAGCAAGUGACGGCAGGGCAAAGCCGGGGACGGUGAGGCUGAAUGGCGCGCCGCCCUCCAUCGUUGGCAGAAGCGUUGACUCAUUCAUCGAGUAUACACCUGAGAGCAAGUGACGCCGAGACUUUGAUCAUGGACUCUCUCUCUCGUGUGUCUCCCCGUACCUGUCGCCACAAGGUCACCGAUAAGCUCCCACUGCUUGAUAUCGUCGCACUUAUCCCAGCAGAUGCAGACGUCGUAGGCUCCGGGCUCGCCCGCAACAAAGGCAGAUGUCUCCAACCACUGGGGUGCAGUGCAAUCGACGGAGGCAUCGGCAGAAGGGGCGAGGGAAUCGUCUUCCUCUACGGGUGGCAGCUCUUGGAGCACCCGUCUCGGCUCUUUUGCGCCUUGUACCAGAGUGAGAGGGAUGCCGUUGAGAGCCGAGCAGUUGGCAUCGUCGUCGGGGCAUCUCACUCUGAUGUCCUUCAUCUCGCCCUGACACCGGUUGACGUCAAUUUCGGUGUAUCCCUUGCCAAGGGGCUCUGGAGUUGGUGCCGUCUCAUCCGAUCCGUCCAUCUCAUUCCCUUGUUGCUGGCUCUCUUCUCCCUGCUCGCUGGCCCCUGGGGCGCCGGUAAAGACGUCGAUCGAGUGAGGGAUGUCGCUCCGGAUCAUCGGAACGAUUCUCAGGAGCGGUUUGGGCCUCCUCUCACUGUCCACCCUGGUCGGUAGCACAGUCACGUCGCUGUCAUUCAAUCCGAGCACGAAGCCAUCCUGCCCUUCUGCGGGUCCGCAUGGCCGAUUCCAUGCCGAUGGAUCGAUGCCCCACACAGGAACUCUCAGGGUCGUAUCCUCGUGCGCCUUUCUCGUCCACACGAGCCCAGAGGAGUCCGUCAAGGCCCGUGGAAUUGUGGCCCGGUGGAGGACGUCACGGGUAGCCGUGACGUCGAAAGGCAACGCGAGACCCCAUGUGCCUUGGGGCCUGACAGUCGUCGCCUCUGCGUGGCUGGCUGUCUCGUUCAGGGGCGCACUGGCCUCAGUCGCAUCAGGAGGAACCUCAGUCGCGGCUGCCGGAGUCUCCGUGCCGGCCUGGGUGGUGUCGAGGAGGAGAGGGGGAAUCCACUGCUCGAUCGACCACGAGGAGACGGUUGGCUCAAUGUCCUCCUGGGAUCGUCGUGGCUGGCCGAGGUUGGCAUCCUCGUAGCCGACGAAGACGCACCGAACGUCCUGUGGCGAGCCAAAGUCGAACUCGAUCACGACGCUGCCAGAGGGGCAGACGAAGCCGUCCAGAGGUUCGCAUGUCAGCCAGUUCUCCUCCAGGCUCAGGUUAUCGGGGGCCACAGCGGUGAGGAGGGCAGUCUGGUUGACCUGCUCGAGUACAGCGCUCAUGCUGACGCUCCUGAUGGACGAAACCGGGAUGACGUCUCGGCACUUGUCAUCAGCCGAGAGGAUGACCUGCCGCAGGCGGAAGGGCGAGGGCAGUGGGCUGAUGUUGCUGAGACGCCAUGCAUAGCUGCUGCCGACUGGGCCCCAUGGGGCGGUGGCGGGCAUCUCGCAGAGGAACGACUUGCGGGCUGACCAGUGAAUGAGACAUCACAUGGAGACACAAAUGUGGAAGAUGAACAGCUCGGAUCUCUCCCACCUGAGCAACGCGUGUCUCUCCAUGCACCAUUGCCAGCGACCUGAUCGAACACAAAACAGACGUCGAGUCCCUCUCUGCCUCAGACCUCAUUCUGUGACUGCAUAUCUACCAUUCUGGCACAGUCUCCUGGCGCAGGCGCAUUGUUGGGCUCGAUUCCGUUGGUCAAAUCCCUGCAAGAUAAGCAUAACAAAGCACGCUUGUUCCAGUGCUUCAAGUGAGAUGUCCAUCCAUACCAGUUCGUCCAGUCGAUAGGCGUCCCAUCGCUCCAGGUGGUGAACUCGCCAUGCCCCUCCUCCCGAGACAAACCUACCCUGGCAAAGAAACAACCACGUACAGUAACCAAGCAAACUUUAACACACAAUGCCCAUCCGUCAAGAGGCCCUCUCUCCCACACUCACCAGCAUUCCCCAUAGUGUUGUGAGUUCAGCUGGCACAGGGCGUGGAGGAUCUCAUUCUCCGUGGGGCUGUGGAUGGAUGCCAACUCGGCCCCUUCGCCUUGGCAGUAGGACCGAGCCAGGAGGUAGGGAAGCGGGGCUCCGUAGGCGCGAUAGCAGUUGCCUUCAAACAACGUCCAUCCAGGCGAAGAGGCAGAGCAAACGGUCCCUUUGCCCUUCUGGAGGCGCCGCUGGUGGAAGAGGCCAAAGAUGGAACCUCCAGCUUGACCUCCAGUGACCAAACACGCCAAGAGCGCAAGCAACACAAGAAAGAAGUCCAU